AGAAUGGACGCGGAGACAGCUUACAAUGAUUUGUUAAAUAAAUACGCAAAAUUAGAUCUCUUCCCUGUUGCAAGCUUCCAAACCUUGAAAUCUGAUGCUCUGAAGAUAGCAUGUCAUAGUAUUGACUUUUCCGGAUUAGUAAAAGAACUGGAGAGCUGGGAAGAGGUAGACCCGGUGACCUUGUCCGAUCUGAUAAACUUGAAACUAUCCUGCUCCCAUGAAUUUAAGGGGUUCAGUGUACAGGAUGUUCUAGAAUCCCUGAUUCAACAAGCUGUAGAGAAAUAUGUGUCCACCAGGGAUACGUCUGGGUUGGAUAAGGUUGGAAAAUUGUUAUCCAACCUGGAUCUCAGCGGAGUCUUGAACCGUGAGGAUCUUGAGUUUGAAUAUCCUCUCGUUUCUCCGUCCGUAUCCUUAUCCCUGCACAAAGUGGGAUUGAUAGAUCUCGGAUCCCAGCUGGAUAUUAGUUGGAAGAACGCGGAAAAGGAUGUCAAGGGUUUCCUUGCUGCCUAUGUUGAUGAGGUUGCUGGUGGAUUAGGACGGGAGAUUACAGAACUCCUGGUCAAGGUUGGAUUUAACAAGCAAGAGGAUCAGAUGAGAAAGAAGAGAGCGAAUAUUUUACUGGAGAAAAUGUUAACUAAAGUAAUAGACAGGAUCAGGAAUGGAGAGUCUAUAGAUCUGGGAUGGAUGGGACGCAUGAAACUUUCAGAUUCAAUAGGCCAGGACUGGAAACUUCACGCUCUCAGCCUGGUGAUGAGACAUAGACCUGAUAUGAAGAUACGGGACGCAUUCAGUUCACAUCAAACCCUGAGAUCUAAUAUAUCUCGGGUUCACGGAGUCGGAAGUUUAUGUUUCGGUCUCCUGGCUGGAGAACUUGUAUCCGCGAACCAGAUUUCCAGUCUAAUCUCUAGGAUACUCUCCAGGGCUGAGGUGAACUGGGACGCAUUGUUAACAGUAGUCACAGUUUCCCUCCAAGCUCUCUCCAGGAUGGAUCAAGAGCUGAGCAACUGUUUACGUAACCUAAUUUGUGAGUCCUUGAGUACCCAGAGCAGUGAAGCGUUCCUGGCAGGAUUACUUGUAUCUAGGCACGCCUGUCUGGAGGAAUCUCCUGAGUUUUCGUCCUAUUCCUCCUGGUUCUUUAAACUAUUCUGCGGAGAAGGUUCACUUCUCUCCAGUCCUUCUCAAGUCGAGUUCUUCUAUAAAGUGCUGACAGGAUUAGUCCCGGAAGAACCUGAGUUUGCUCUUAGAGCUCAGUUGUCCAACCAACCUAGAAUUCCACCCAACCUGAAGUAUUUAUCCGAGGAAUAUCGUCAGCUUGCUCGAACCCAACUCCUAGAUGGAACCAGAGAGCCGGGGUAUAAAGUUCCGGAUCUGCUUGGACCCGGAGUAAUAAAGCUUGCAAAAGAUCUUGUUCUCGAAUGGAGUAGGACGGAGAAAAUACCCGGACAGAUCCUAGAAGCUAGCAUGUUCAAGCAACCUUUCUAUAUUCAUCAGCUUCUCCCGGCAAUCAUGGUUUCAAGUGCUCCGGGUUCAAUCUUGUACACAGCUCAGGGUUCUCUGCUAGAGGCUCUCAACUCGAAGGGCAAGGUUCCAUCUCAUCUCUACCGAGAAUAUUUGGUUGGGGAAAUACAGGAGAAGUUCUGUCCUGAAGAAUCGAUUAACAAUUUGUCCAGUCAAGAGAGUGGGGUGAGUUUAGAGAACCUGAGAGAAAACUUCAAGGUUUUGGAAAAUCUCCCUCUGGAUUUUCAAGAGGAGAUUGAAACCUGUAUCUCCAGUAUCAAAAACAUUACAGCUAAACUCAUAUCAUGGAAAAAGUGUAAACUGAACCUAUCUACUAUUAUGAACCUUGAGCUCAAUGAACCUUCAAAUCAGGUUUGGAAACUGUACAGUCGGAGCUUGAGUACUUUACCCCAUCCGGAGAUUAGAAAAAUACUUCUAGGUUUAAUCUUGGAUAAGAUUGAGCUGGUUCUCCUCUCCCUGAGGUAUAUCCUAGUAGAGAGAAUUGAAAUUGAGGAUUUACCGCUCUGCGGAGAAAUCCUGAAAGCUAAUCCCAAACUAGAACUUACUCCUGGAGAAUCAAUUCUUCUCCAAGAUUAUUUCUGUUCCCAUCACCAUGAGAUUGAUACAAUGAGAAAGCUUGAUCAAGUUCUCCUGUUACUACAAGGUUCUGAAUCUGUAUCUCCCAGCUGGACUGGGACCAUAAAGCUUGCCGGGUUCAGGGAUUGGAUAAAAACCAUGAACUCCGUUCAGCAGCACAAAUUAACACUCACCGAAUUCUCACAUGCUCUGCGGGUUCAACUGCAUUUAAAAGACGAUAGUUCUACUAAAGCUGAGAAAUUAAUCUUAUUUCGGAAACUACUAGAGAAUGUACCCGGAGAAGAUGAAAAGAUAUCUGUUGCUUUAAAACAAUCCUUCUCCGAGAAUUCGAUAGAAGAACAGGUUUUGUGUCUACUUAAAGUACUCAGAGAUUUGAACCCGGAGUUAGUCUUCAAGUUCUCAGGAGACGAGGUUAGGACGAGUAAACAGGCUCUCCUUCUCCUACAAGAAUUCGAGCAGGGUCACGCGACUAAAUUUCUAGAAUAUGUUCUUCCUCUGGCAGAGAGAUCACGUGAGACCCACCAGCUCCUAGUUCCUCUCCCUGCCCUCCUGGUUCUGGUUCACAUCGAUACUCGACAACUUACUCCGGGUCUUAGAUUUAGUCUGGCGUUCUACGAUGCUUUAGAAAUUGUAAGGAGCAGCCGAAGCUUAUACCUGGAGCAGGAGUACAGCUCUGUGUAUUCCUGGUGUAGAAGCUCCGGGUUGGAGACUGCAUCCGGGGUAUCCGGACAGAUUAAGGUUGGAUUGCUCCGUCUUGCUGAGUUGUAUCUCCAGGAUGAAUUUAAACUGGACUCCAAACAAAACAAACCUAACUCUAUUCUAACCAAGCUUGAGAGACUAGCCAAAUCUAUGUCAGAACAAGAUGAGAGAAGUUUAUGUUCUCCUGUAGAAACAUGGUUUCCUGGAGCAGUAUCUUCAAACCUGGCAGCAACUGUUCAGGUUGUAAUGAGCGCAGUAUUUCUGCAAGAUCUCCAGUCUUCCCUCCGGUUCCUUCUCACUGGAAUCCUUCCCAUCCUCUCCACUAUAGCCAUCUCCAGUGCCCUAGGGGUCCUGGAGACGGGAUUUCUCAACCAAGCUUUAUUUAAGAAAUUACAAAACUUCUCUCCGACGGAACUUGACUCUGUCCUACGGCUAGUGAAUAGACGGGAAAUUGAUCCUGAUAUUCUAGAUAUUUUAAAUCAAACCUUGUAUCCGGGAAGCGGAGAGAAACCUAGAAAAAAAAUUAAAUUGUCAUAUUUAAACUGUUAAAAACUGCUAUUUAAUAUAUAUACAUGUUAAUUUUGGAACCUUUUCUGUGAAAAUCCACUAGUGUUGUUCGAAUUACCUAGUUCCGAUGGAAGACGCGCCAAAAAUUUCAAAUUGCGUCUGGAAUGGUCACGUGAUCACUGCCUAGGGCUGUUUAACAAUGGCGUCUGUCUAGGUUAAUGUACAUUCUCUUUCGCCGUAAAGCUUGCCGCGCCCACUAUACGCACAAUUUUAUAUAUUUACGACUUAUCAUCGUAUUAAUCAUUUAACCAGGUUCCCAGGCUUGUAAUUUAGUAUCAGGGUCUUAGAACAAUAAGUUAAAGAAACAGUCUCAAUUUAAACUCAGAACGGAGAAAUCGUGUUUGUUUUGACAUGUAUCAUGUUUACAAUAACAAGUGAAAUGUUUAUAGUUUCUAGAACUGUUUGUUUUUAUCGGAAUUAUUUCAGA